UCAGGAUUACCAAAAACUCCAAGUGAAGCAAAGUGGUUAAAUAAAACACUAGAUGUUGGGUCUGUCGUUGGUGUAGAUCCGUAUUUGCUGGAGUCAGAAUGCUGGCGAGACUUUGCCAGAGAGCUGCAAGGUGGUGGACACACCAUUAUUCCUGUUCCAGAUAACCUCAUUGAUCUAAUGUGGGAUGAUAGACCACCUCGUCCUGCCAAGCCUGUGGUUCCUCUUGAGAUAAAGUACACUGGACAAAGUCUUACAGAGAAAGUGAAACAACUGCGAGAAGAUCUGGUAGAAGAGAAUGCCUCCAUGAUCAUCAUUACAGCUCUAGAUGAAGUUGCUUAUUUGUAUAACUUGAGAGGAUCAGACAUAGAAUACAACCCAGUGUUUUUCUCUUAUGCCUCUGUGACUCAGAAUGAAGCCUUUAUUUUUAUUAAUGAAUCCCAACUAACAUCAGCAGCUAGAGAAGCUCUGCAGACUGAGGAAAUCAAAGUCAUCAUCAAGUCAUAUGAUGAUGUUCCCAAGUUUAUUGAUGAUCAGCUACUGAAACAGAGUGGAAAAGUUUGGAUAUCCAACCAUGCUUCUCAAGCAGUAACUCAAAUGGUUCCUGAGGAUAAAAGACUGUCAAAAGUAUCACCAGUUGCACUAAGAAAAGCCAUCAAGAACACUGUAGAGAUUAAAGGAAUGGAGUUGUGUCACAUUAGAGAUGGUGCAGCCUUGUGUCGGUACUUUACAUGGCUAGAGAAGGAAGCUGUUAAGGGAACCCAGACUGAGAUCUCUGGUGCUGACCAACUGCAGAAAUACAGAAGCGAGUUGGAAUACUUUGCUGGAUUGAGUUUCUCAACAAUUUCAUCAGUGGGACCCAAUGCUGCUGUGAUUCACUACACACCAUCUCCUGAAACUGACCGUCACAUUACCACCGAUGAACUCUACCUCUGUGAUUCUGGUGGACAGUACAAGGAUGGAACAACAGAUGUGACUCGCACGGUGCAUUUUGGCACCCCUUCUAAGUUUAUGCAGGAAUGUUUCACUAGAGUUCUUAAGGGAGUGAUAAGCAUGGCAACUUGUAUCUUCCCCACAAAGAUCAAGGGAAACUGCUUAGACACACUUGCUCGAAAAUCACUAUGGGAUGUUGGCCUUGAUUAUGGGCAUGGUACUGGGCAUGGAAUAGGGAUGUACCUUAAUGUUCAUGAAGGCCCAAUGGGGGUGUCAUGGCGUUCUUAUCCAGAUGAUCCAGGUCUUCAAGAAGGCAUGUUUCUCUCAGAUGAACCUGGAUAUUAUGAAGACGGGAAGUUUGGUAUUCGCAUUGAAAAUAUUGUAAGGAUUAUUGAGGCUCAAACUCCUCAUAACCACAGGGACAGAGGCUUCCUUACCUUCAAGACUGUGACACUAGUACCCAUCCAGACCAAGCUCAUUGACCCAUCAAUGAUGACAGAAAAUGAGGUAAGGCUCUAUUGAAUUACAUCAAAAUUC